CUUGUCACGUUGUUUUGCACAAAAGAAUGAUUAAUUAUUCCCAUUUGUGAUAAAAAAAUGCGUGUGAUACUAUUGGCGGCUUUACACCUCUUGGUCGUAAAUGGACAACUUACGUGUCCACCUACUGGGCUCAUUUGUGUGACACCUACCGCAUAUCAAUUUUGUACUAAUAUAGAUGGCAAAUUUUUGUUAGUUGGGGAUAGAACGAAUUGUCCAGCAGGUCAAACAUGUGAUAGUACUGCCGCUUUUCCGUGUGUGCCGAGCGAAACGACAACAGCGCCACCUACAACACCGCCGACGACAACAACCCCACCUACAACACCACCGCCGACAACAGCGCCACCUACCACCCCACCCCCAGUUACAGCCCCUAUUUGCAACCAAACUGCUAAUUUUCCUGCGUCCAGAUGUGACCAAUACUAUCACUGCCUUCCAGUCAUGUGGUGGUGGGACUAUGAAGUAGUCACGUGUCCUAGUGGCCAGGCGUUUGAUAAGACAAGCGGUCAGUGUGCGAAUUCAACAACUUGUGUUACAAGUAAAUAAGAGAUGACUAAUUCUAGUGACCUGUAUUACCGACAGUGUACUGUUUAGAAUAAAAGUCAUUCAAUAAGGAGCUUUUGCGAUUA